AUGCCGUCAAUGGCUGCGGCCAUGACAGAGGCUGGAUCCUGGGAUAGCAGCUGGAAAAGCCCAGAACAGAUGCGCGAUCCCGUGACCCCAGAGGCCAAAGAGUCCUUCGGGAAUGUUGGCGGGCUUAAGGACAUGAAAAGAACAGCCAUGGGGGGAGCGCUUGGCCUUCACAAGAACAAGCCAGAUGAGGGCUUCAUGCGAGCUGCAAUGGCUGCGAGUGAGUUUCCAAAGUACUUCCACCACACUAAUUCGCACCGAAUCGGUGGAACACAUCGCCGCGGGUACUUGCCAAUGACGUCUGCCCAGGCAAUAGCUAUUUCGAGGAGCGACAGGGUGCCAUGCGCUGUCCCAUGGCUGGAAGGAAGAUACCAUACGCUGAAGCAGCUUCUCGCGCAGACGCAGUUGGUGGCUUCAGUGGAGGAUCCAUACAGGUUUGCAGAGCUGGUUCGAGCAGAGGAGCUGUCAAAUUUCUUGAACCGUUCCGACAAUUCCGUCAUCUCGCGGGAGGAAAUCUCCAAGUUGGGAGAAGCCCUGGCCGCGACUCUAAAUGCAGGACGUGGAGCCCGCACAGACUACACUGCACCACUGAAGCACUCUGAGGAGAAGGUGUCGCUGGCCCUCUCUGAUGGCAUCGGCAUGACUCAGCAGGCCAUGAAUGAUGUGGUGGCAUACGCAUUUCGCUGUCGCGCCACCACAUUCUUGAUGCUUUGA